CAUAUGGAACUCGCCGAGACACUUGUACGUGCUCACAUACACACCGACAGACAUAGACGCAUACUGAUAAUCAUUUUAGCCGCUAAUAGAGAAUAUCUAGUUUGAUGUCAUUUCGAGCUGAGCACCGGAGAUCACAAGUCGUGACGGGAUUUUUAAUUUAUACACACGGUGCUUGAGUGCAUAUUGAGUUUGGAAUUGGAAGUAACUGAAGGUAGAAUCGUCUAACUGCCGUUGCAGUGCUUGUUUGUUGUUGUUUGGGACUGUUUUGAGAUGCGUUUUGAAAUAAACGAACUUGUGUUGCUAGUGAUCGCCUUUGCGCGUCACUGUGCGGGCGUGAUGCGACCGAGCGACGCGCUGUCGGUGAUGGCUGGUGAGGGUUUCACGGCCUACUUGGAUUUACCGAAGACCUUUGGUGCCAUCGAGAACUGUUGGUUUCAAUUUGGAGCUGAGGAGAAAAUUAAGCUUGACUUGAAUGCCCCUAAUGCCAUCAUAACGGCGAAUGCUGAGGAAGUGUUGCCAUUCUCAAGUACCGUUUGCGGUAUACGUGUUAAUAAAGUGUCCUACGUUUCCGCGGAUACUUGGAAGCUGGAAGUUGAGAAUGCGUUUGGUGAUUAUGAACGCGGCGAGCUGAAACUCUCCGUACUCGCUACGCAUAGGAAACACUUCAAUACUAGCGUCCAGUUGGCUAUCGGAGAGGGCGCUAUUUCCUGCAGCUUGUCCGACACUGCGACAAAGGAAUGCAAAAUCAUCGAUCAUAAGAGAAACCAGAUUUGGAAUUCGUGCAAUAUUUAUACAACCAUAAAACCGAACCGAACAUUCGAUUGUUAUACCAAAAAUUGGGGCAGCAUGACACAGAGCCAUGAACACAUAGUUGUUGAGGCUAAGAAUAGCAGCUUGUAUACCACGGCUAGUGUAACGGAUGGCGAUGACAGCGUUGUGAUGCGCUGUCAGUUCAAAAGUGAGCUACGUGGCUGUCAGGCCGAAUCGCCAGGUGGGACGGCUGAGUUGUAUCUUAUGGAGGGAUUGUAUAAUGGACGUUACUCGGCUUAUGAUACAUUAUAUUCGAAGCAGCGCUGUGCCUUGGAAAUCCCUAAACCACUCAAUGAAUCUGAGUUGGGUCUAUGGCGUAUAUAUAAUACAGAAGUAGUGCCGCCAACAGGUUGUCUCUUCUACAUUGGCAAGUCAAAAGAGCGAAUUAUAGCUGAGGAGCUCAAUACUCUAAACGACAUAAAACAAAUUCACGCUUACGAUACAGAUAAAAAUAUCGAGUUGUUUACCUGCGAAGUACCCUUCAUUAUAUACGAUUGUUACCUACGCGAUCCCAAUAAUACGGUAUAUUUUCCGGAUGCCAUACGAUUUGAGCGCACGCGCACCUAUGGUCAAUGUCAUUUCAGCAAUAUGCCGGUAAUUGCAGGCAGCUGGAUUUGUGGUGCGCGCGGACAUGACUAUGCCAAGGAAGUACUGCAGAAUUUUGAGGUUAUAGUUAAGCCAAAAGUCGGUGAGGUACUCACUGAAUCGCUGAAGCUGAGACGCGGCAAGGCGGUAGAGUUGAUCUGUCAGAGCGCAUUUGAGGAACCACUCACCCAUUGCGCAUUCAUCGAUCCAUUGGGACGUGUACAUUUGGUGGGCACAGCGCACAGCAUUAAAACCGCAGGUCAUGUGAAAUAUUAUGGACGCGGUUUACUUUGGGGUGAUUGUGGCGCGCAGAUUAUGGAAACUAACAGCGAUGAUUAUGGCAUAUGGAAAUGUCAAUUCGUCACAUUCGCCGACAAACGCACUUCGAUUUUUACACUGCGACUGCGUGAAUCCGUUAUUCCGGGUUCUGCAAUCGGUCUCGGCGUUGGCAUCACAAUCAUACUUGUACUUCUGUUGGGUUUAUUACUCGCAACUGUGGUUUACCGUCGUCGAAAUCGCACCGCACAGCACAAUUUCACUUCAUCCGAUCCACUCGAGGCGAAUUCGAGCAACUCUGUGGUAAUGACUACGUUGGGAUCCUUCGAACAGCCAAGUAUUGAGCGGUUAUAAUGUACAUAUUUACUAAAACCAUUACAAGUAAUCUUUUGUUCCAAUUAUGGGUGGGUUUUAA